AUGUAUAUAUUGAAACUAAAUAUGAAGAUAAUUAUAUUUACUAAUAUUGGUGCGUUUAUUCUUUUAACUUGGAUAUAUCAUUUUAACAUUGAUGUGAGAUAUUUUAGUAAAUUUUUGGAUGACAAUUAUUACCAUAGUAGUAAAUUAGAUACAAGAACUCAUAGAUUACUGGGAAAAUAUGAAAAGCUCAAAGAUUCAAAAAUUGUAUAUUUAAAAAAGGAUGUACCACAUAAUGUAAAAUACGAAAAAAAAAAUAUAUGUAAUAAUGAAAAAUGGACGGCAAAAAAAGAAUCUAAUAGAAAUUUAUUGAAUAUGGCUCAUUAUUAUACUCAAGUUACAGAUUACAAUAAUGGAAUAUUUGAUGGGAAGCAUUUCCAUUUUGAAAGAAAAUGGAUUAAAAAUAAAGAUUAUGAAGAUUUUCUUGAAAAAAAAAGAAGAAUUUGUGAUAUAUCAUUAAGAAAAAUAAAACUUAGAAAAUACAAAGUUGGAAUUGCUAUAUUUUUACUUUUUUUCUUUUUGGGAAUAGGAUUAUCCGUAUUACCACGAUUACCAUUUAUGGAAACUGUAGAUAAAUGGAUGAAAGAGAUGUAUUAUUAA